AUGGCGCCUUUGUUCGAAACAGCAAAGUCUUUCGCUGACGUCCCGAUUACGGAAGAUGGGGUCGAGACGGCGUCCUUUCUCUUGGCGACCACAGACUUCCUCAAUUUGUUCGAUCUACUGGGCCAUGGAAUCUUCGGCUUUGUUCAAUCGGACUUGAGGGGAAACCUCGCUGGUGUACGCACUCGAUACGAAGCAACACCCUCGCGGUCGACGACCCUCGAGAAGCUCGUAAUAUGCGCGACUGAAGACAAAGAAAGACAGUCAGUUCCCUGUCUCGUGCGGCUCAUACGCGGUCUUCUGUUCACAUGUCAGGCACUGCAGAACAUGCAGAGCGAUAAGUCGACGGAACUUCAUGUCUGCUUCAGGCGGUCAUAUGAUGUUGUCUUGAAGCACCACCACACGUUCAUUGUUCGGUCGGCUGUUACAGUAGCGAUGCUCGCCAUUCCGCAUCGUCAAGAUUUCUACAAUCGCUUGACCCAAGGAGGAUCGCACGAGAAGUUCGACGUCGAGCUCACGAAGUGGCUCGAUGCAUUGAGCAACAUAGUCAAGAGAUCCAAGACCUUCUUGGAGGAAGGGGGCUACGGCAGGGUUUGA